GCAAUCUCUCUGCCGGGCCCCUGAAUCAUCGAGCCGAUAAACUUUACUGUUCCUGCCCUGCAACCACCGACCACCACCAAGCACCACCACCACCAAUUUGGUCGCGUACCUUUCCCUUUCCAACGAGACUCUCCCCUUUUUAUUUUAUUUUAUUUCGACGACGUCGACGACAACCUCAAUUUCUCUUCUUCAUCGCCGCCCCCAGGUCAAGAUCCCCAGCCAGGAUCUGUCCCUUUCAUUCACUCACGCACGCACUCAAUCUCGUCCUGCGAGUCGAACCCCGGUACCGGCUUUUUUCGAACCCCUCUCCGACUUUCACUUCUCUCCCGCCGCACUCGAAGCGCGUAUCGUCCCUGGAACUUCAGAAUAAUUUCGUGAUCCCGCUGUCCGCAGAUCAACCCAACUCGAAUGCAUCGCGUCGGCAACCUCCUCCGCCCGCGACGCAAAUAAUUCUACAUCUGCCACCACCAUGCCGAGCUUCUUCUCGAGGCUGAAGGGCAAAGACGGCCCAGCAAAAGUCAAGAAAGGCGCCCAACCUGCCGCAAUCACCGAACCGCCAAAACCUCGUUGGGAAGAUGCGUGGACGCGGAAAUCCGUGGAGCCAGAGGAGGUGCAAGAGCUGCUCCAUGGCUGCACCGCCGAAUUGAAGUCUAGAGCUCUGGAUAUGCCGUUUCUCCUGCUUCCUUUCCGACCAACUUCAGAUCCUAGCGCAGCGCGUACCUUUGUUAGACAUUUCUUCGAUCGCAGUCAGCGUCUCUAUGGCGAGGGUUUGGCACAAGAAUUACGGCUCACAGAGCCUAUGGUUCUAUGCAGCGUAGUGAAAUGGUGCUGGAGCAGACUUCCCGGAGGCGUUGUAGGAUGGGAGGCAUAUGAGCUAUUCAGAACAGGAGAAUCAGAUUCCAAUAUGGCUCGCGACUCCUUUACCACAUUUAUUCCUCUGAGUGUCGAAUCCGACGCGCGAAACAAGAUUAUCUUCGAUUUCUUUGAUCUUCUCUCUGCGACUGCAGCACAUGCCAAGUCCAAUGGUAUGGGAGGCCGAAAAUUAUCAAGAUAUGCUGGUUGGUGGGCUUUCGAUCAUAUUGAUACUGGCAAUGGUUUCGAAGGAGGCUACAAGGGAUGGGCACAUGCAGCAGAUGCUACCAGCCAUUUAUUCUUUGCCUACCUUCGGUCUCUAGGGCCCACUAAGGGCGUGAGUGGUAUUUCGACUCUGCCAAUGUCUCUUCAAAAGCUUGUCCAGGAGACAGAAUACCCACCAGAGAGGCCUUACUUACUGCAAUCGACAACCAUGAAGGUAGUCAUGAUUGUGGAUGCCGUGUCGCCUACACCGUUCUCAUUACUUCGCCGCGCAAACCACUUCCAAUAUCGCGACGAUGAUAGGGCUUUACAAGAAUUUGCGGAAUAUGAGGACCCAGUGAAGGCAUUAACUGAAGAAUGUCGACGUGUUCUGAGGUCCAUCUCUUCCGCGAAUCAAUCUCAGGUAUCGAAUUCCAAGGAGUCGACUGGGUUGACAGACGCUUCAUGGUCGAGAUUUGAGGAUAUAGGAUUUUCUGCUGGAUUUGAUGAACACGACGAGGACGACGAAAGCAAUUUCGUCAAGAGACGUCCGCAAGGUCUCCGAACAACACCACAUUCGAGAGAAAUGGGAAUGGGUAGACCUACGACACCUUCAUGGGCUGAUUUUCUGUCUUCUGGUUUUGUUGAUGAGGCGAAAAAUGGACCAGCACCUCUUUUACUCCCACCCGACAAGAUUCUCCCGCCGAUCGAUACACGAGGACGAAGCUCGCAAUCGCAUAGACCUAGAUUAGAGUCGAAUCAACUCGAGCCGGGUGAGCUUGCAAGUAUCACUAAAUUCGAUUUAGAUGACUCGUUCUGGUGGGUCUGGAUUAGCAGUUUAGCUGGAGAGGAAUACCCUGAAAGAAAGGCAGCUUUUGGACGAUGUGCUUUGGUGGAAACCAUUAUUCCUGGUGGCCGCUGGCUAGUAAUGGAGGAGAUGGUCAAGGGAGCAGCUCCAGUGCCAGAAGAAGGUGCAUACAUCGCUGAGAAAAAGAGUUUCUGGGGUCGAUCGAAGAAGAACAAGGCCAUCACUCGUCGAAAAUCCACAGGAAAGCAUGCUUUAGAGCAGAACCCCGACUUGCGGCCACAAUUCAAGACUAAUCAGAGUGGUGGUGUAAGCAAGACGAGCAUAGGUCCCGACCAACACGCACGAAUCCAAGCAGCAGCGAUACAGCUACAACGCCGACAACGAGAGCAGGAGGCACAAGAGCACAACACAAGACGUGGUCGAAGCGACAUGGAUGCUAUUUCCAUGAAGACCAGCAGUGUCUUUACCCUUCAACCUGUGAUCAUGAAUGAAGCUUCGCCAGCCAUGAAAUGGGCCAACAAGUACGACAAGGACGCCAUUCGAGAAGCAUAUCUUGCCAAUACCAACACCGGCCGAGGACUUGGUGAGGCAACAAUGCAGACAAAUGGUCACGCCAAGAGUCAAGAUACGUUGCGACCAACCGCGAACCUCGAGCGUGAAAAUUCUUACAACUCUUACGACAGAGAUAGAGAGCUUCCCGCAGUCCCAUCACCAUCUGGACCUUCUGUUCCUUCACAGGCAUACGGACCACCUUCUCCGGCACCAUUCCCUCCCACCCCUGCGGCGGAUGACGAGGAGGAAGCUCACGUACAACUGUCCGAGAAGGCAGCAGAAGUCGCCCUUCCCGAAGAUACUCAUCCAAUGGAGAGAAAGCCAGUCCCCGCUCCUGUUGUCAUGGAACCUCUGCCACGCGUUGAGCAGCCAACUCCAGAACCAUACAGACCAUCUGGCGAGCAAAGUGGAUCCAGUCCUGAAAGCAAGAAGCAUAACAAGUUGAAGAAGAAAGAGCCUGCCAGUGGUGGUUUCAGGAAGAUGUUUGGUCGUAACAAGAACCGACAAUCCACAGUCCCUCCAAAUGCUCCAGAAGUGUUGAAUGGUAACCAAGGACUCCAACCAGGAGGUGCUGGUCUUGGUCGACGAUUCUCCGCUUUAAGAAAGAAGAGUCCAUCUAACACUCCACCCGAGCCUGUAGUUGAGCCUCCUCGACCAAUUUCGGAAGACGACAUUACACCCGUAGCUUCUCCACACCAAGACUAUGAACGUUCAUAUGACCCUUCAGUCCAGGACAGCCUUUCUCGUGUCGACACCAAUGAUGCACACGAGGCUCGACAAGCUUUCUCCAACUUCGAUCAAGGCCCACUCGAGGAUGUUCCGGCCUUUGUUCCAGAAGACUCCCCACGAGAGAGUGAAGAUGAUGCUGCUCCUCCAAACAUCUCGCGAGUCCGCACGGAAGAUGGUGCCGAACUGACACAGCAAGUCUCUCCAGCUCAGGACAGAUGGGCACAGAUUCGAAAGAAUGCUGCCGAGAGAGCAGCUCAACGACAGAGUGAAGAACAGAGCAGAGGAGGUUAUAGUCAGAAGACUGAUGGUGAAGAUGGUGAGACGAGUGGAGAAGAGACAAUUGAGUCUCGAGUUGCCCGAAUCAAAGCCCGUGUUGCUGAAUUGACCGGCAACAUGGAAACGAGUGGUAGCCCUACCUCUACUUCCAGCUAUCGACCCGCACGCAGACAAUAGAUGACCUUGUACACACCCGUUUAGCGGGAACCUCGACAUACACAUUCUUCGCCCAACAAUACUUCGACGUUUCGUACACUUUUUCACA